CGAUCUCCGUGGCAACUGCUAACCACUGCAGCGCAGCAUCUUUGUCUUCAGACGCUCUCUUCGAAAAAAACAUCAAGCUCGCGUUUGUUUUCAUUCACUUCUUCUUUUAUUUCGUUAUUUAAUUUCGCACAGUUAGUAUAGAAUAGCUGUCAGUGUGUGAAUGGAAGACGAAGAUAUUUCUGCUGUGCUAGCCGUCUAGUUCUCUGAUGGAAUGGAUCAGUACAGUAUUCUGGGCAGGAUUGGAGAAGGAGCUCACGGAAUUGUUUUCAAAGCCAAACACAUCGAAACAGGAGAGACUGUGGCUUUGAAAAAAGUUGCCCUGAGAAGACUCGAGGAUGGAAUUCCUAAUCAGGCCCUGAGAGAAAUUAAAGCCCUGCAAGAGAUUGAAGACAACCAAUAUGUGGUAAAGCUGAAGGAUGUUUUCCCUCACGGCACAGGGUUUGUGCUGGUGUUUGAGUACAUGUUGUCCGAUCUGUCAGAAGUCAUUCGGAACUCUCAGCGGCCUCUAACUGCGUCUCAGGUCAAAGGUUACAUGAUGAUGCUGUUGAAAGGAGUGGCUUUUUGCCAUGAGAAUUCCAUCAUGCACAGGGACCUGAAGCCAGCAAACCUUCUAAUCAGCUCAACGGGUCACCUGAAGAUUGCUGAUUUUGGACUGGCCAGGUUGUUUUCCAAUGAAGGAGACCGACUGUACAGUCACCAAGUGGCCACCAGAUGGUACAGAGCACCAGAACUUUUGUAUGGUGCCCGAAAAUAUGAUGAAGGGGUUGAUCUCUGGGCAGUGGGCUGCAUUUUUGGGGAGUUGUUGAAUAACUCUCCUCUUUUCCCUGGAGAGAAUGACAUUGAGCAGCUGUGCUGUGUGCUGCGAGUUCUGGGAACUCCAAACCAGAAAGUUUGGCCAGUUAAUGCCAUGUUUAUCUAUACAUUUGAGGAAAUAACGGAGCUACCGGACUACAAUAAAAUCACAUUUAAAGAAAACCCACCCAUUCCUCUGGAGGAGAUUGUGCCUGAUACUUCACCUCAGGCUGUGGACCUGCUGAAGAAGUUUCUCGUCUACCCGUCCAAACAAAGAAUCACUGCUAGACAGGCAUUACUCCACCCAUACUUCUUUACGGAUCCUCUCCCCGCACAUCACUCUGAGCUGCCUAUCCCACAGCACGGGGGAAAGCACUCCAGACAGCGCAUGCAACCCCCCUAUGAAUUCACAGUGGAUCGACCCUUACAUGAGAGCUUGGUGGACCCUGGAUUGAUCCAAAGGCAUGCGUGGGGUUGUCUAUAAAAUUGAUAUAUGCAAAAGUUUUGUUUCAGGAUGAUAAAUGCUCCAGAACUCAGUUCAUGUUUGUUUUAUUCUACAGACUAUGAAAAAAGAAUUAUAAAGUUUAAAUGACACCAUUACAAUAAGGUUUUGUAUGUUACAACAGUGAAUGUGUUAGAUAUCGUGAAUUAACAAUGAACUGCAUUAAUUAAUCUUGGUAAAUGUUGAUUUAUAAGCAUAUUGUUAGUUCAUAAAGUGUUACUAAAAUCACACUAAAUCAUGUUAACACACAUAUUAUGUCUUGUUGCUUUACUUUUGUAACAGUGAGUAUUUUAAUGUUUAAAGAUUGGCCCCAUUCACUUCCAUUGUAAGUGCCUCAUUGGAACACAGAUUUGAGCCUUUUUUAAAGAAAAGGAGGAGAAAGUCAAAAGGAAUUUUUGUGGUAACUAAUAUUAUGCCACAAAUGCUGUCGAUUGAGCUUAACUUGUAUUGAACACGGGAUAUUCCAUUUAACCCUAGUUUUUGGAGUAAUUGCUUAUUUGACUUGAUCACAUCUGAAGCUGUUGUACUUUUACUACUUCAGUGGAAGUGCAAAAUGGGAAUAGACAAAAGAUUCCUUCCUGUUAUACAAGCAUUGAGCGCUGGAUUCUGUUACCAUUGAAUAUAGAUAACGUUGUUUUGGAUAACAUUUCUCAAAAACAGUCUGAUUGGACAGUGAAGGCAUACUGCAGUCAAAUAUUUUUGUAUCAUAACUGCUAAACUGUAUAGUUGACUAUUGUCUCAAGCAACCGAUUUCCAGCAUAGCUAUGCUAGUAGAAAGAGACUCUAUGGUCUCUUUCUUCUCACAUAAUAAAAUAAAUUAAUUUAAUUCUUUAUUUGGUAAGUAGCUGUGUUAAAAGCCCAACUAAAUAUUCCUUACUUAAUAUCUGCUACCAUGUUCUCAUCUCGGCCAGUCUUUGUCAACGUUUAUUUAAAGGCAUAGUUCACCCCAAAAAAAAAGUACAAAUCUGUCAUCAUUUACUCAUCCUCAUGUUGUUCCAAAUCUGUAUGACUUUCUUUCUUACGUGGAACACAAAAACAGAUGUUCGUCAGAAUGUUAUAGCCUCAGUCACCAUUCACUUUUAUUGUAUGGAAAAAAGUUACUAUGAAAGUGAAAGGUGACCGAGUCAUUCUCCCAAAAUGUUUUGUGUUUCAUUGGAGAAAGAAAGUCGUAUGUGUUUGGAACAACAAGAGGGAGAUCAAAUGAUGACCUAAUUUUAAUUUUUAGGUGAACAAUCCCUUUAAUGCAGAGAAAUCCCUCUAAAAUGAUUAUUAUAUUGUUGAAAAGCUGUGAAGGAAAUCAGUCUUAUCGGUGAACAUGCAAACACCUGCCUCAGUUUCUAUUAAUAGCGCUAUAAGGAGUCUUAUCAUUAUUUUAAUCACUCCUGAUUUUACCUGUGAUUACUUUAACCACUAAUACCUUUGCAGCACCACACAACCUUUCUCUAGGCUAUAGUUGGAUGACAAGUGUAAACAGCUCUUUUUAUAAAGAGAAAGUUCACCCAAAAAUGAAUCGUUUGUCAUCAUUUACUCACCCUCAUGUUGUUCCAAGCACAUUUGACUUACUUUUUUCCGUGGAACACACAAGAGAUGUUAGGGAGAAUGUUAGCCUC